AUGGGUCUGCUGGCUUCUUCUUCUUCUUCCUCCUCCUCUUUGGUUGCUGUUACCGUUGUAUUAGGUUUACUUUUCAAUGCUGCAGUGCUGUGUCAUGGAGGAAUAAGCAGCUCUUAUAGGAGGGUCGCCACUGAAUUGAACAUAGAUAUGCCUGUUGAUAGUGAUACCUUCUACGUUCCUCCCGGUGAAAAUACACCUCAGCAGGUACAUAUAACACAAGGAGACCAUGUGGGGACGGCGGUGAUUGUGUCAUGGAUCACUCCCAAGGCUCCAGGUUUUAGCGUGGUGCGUUAUUGGAGCGAGAAUAGCACCAAAAUACGGUGGGCUCGGGGCACGAUUGAAACCUAUAGAUACUUCAAUUAUACUUCUGGUUACAUUCACCACGCCAACAUUAGCAACUUGGAGUUCAAUAGCAAAUACUACUAUAAGGUUGGGGCUGGAAAAUAUGCGAGGAUUUUUUGGUUUGUAACUCCUCCUGCACCUGGCCCUGAUGUCCCCUAUACAUUCGGUCUCAUAGGGGAUCUUGGGCAGACAUAUGAUUCAAGUAUCACAAUCACUCAUUACCAAAAUGACCCUCUAAACGGGCAAGCGGUGUUGUUCCUUGGGGACCUCUCUUACGCAGAUGACUACCCUUUUCAUGAUAAUGUGAGGUGGGAUACAUGGGGAAGGCUCGUGGAGAGGAGUGCAGCUUAUCAACCUUGGAUAUGGACGGUGGGGAAUCAUGAAAUUGAUUGGGCCCCGCAGCUUGGUGAACCGGUACCCUUUGUACCAUUUAGUCACCGGUAUCAUACUCCAUAUGAAGCAGCAGGCAGUACUGCACCCUUUUGGUACUCAAUCAAGAGAGGUCCAGCCCAUGUCAUUAUCAUGGCUGCCUAUUCAGCAUUUGGUAAAUACUCUCCCCAGUACAGCUGGUUCAAUCAAGAGAUACAAAAGGUUAAUAGGAGUGAGACACCAUGGUUGAUUGUUAUAAUGCAUCCCCCAACGUAUAACAGUUACCAAAGUCAUUAUAUGGAAGGUGAACCCAUGAGAGCAGUAUACGAGAACACAUUCGUCAAGUACAAAGUUGACAUUGUAUUUGCUGGUCAUGUCCAUGCCUAUGAACGAUCGAUACGUGUAUCUAACAUCAAAUACAACAUCACCAACGGUCUUUGCAAUCCUGUGAAAGAUCUAAAUGCGCCUGUAUACUUAACUGUUGGCGAUGGAGGAAAUCUCGAAGGCUUAUCAACUGUGAUGACGGAACCACAGCCAAAUUACUCUGCUUUUCGUGAGCCGAGUUUCGGGCAUGGCAUGUUGGAAAUCAAGAACCGAACCCAUGCUUACUUUGCCUGGCACCGUAAUGAUGAUGGAUAUGCAGUGGUUGCUGAUUCUGUAUGGCUCACCAACAGAUUCUGGUAUCCAACUGAUGAUUCCAAUUGA